CUUUCCGGUUUAUCGCUUGCCGUAGGUUUGAAAUAAAAAGAAAUUACGAUUGCCCUUUAGUUUUCCGGGUCAGCUCGUAUAUCGUAAGAGUUUUCCUGAGUUUCUGGUAAAUAUAGUUUAUUUAAUAAAAUUUACUUUACGAGUUCCGUUAAUUGUGCGUCGCUUUGGUCGAGGCUCCGGGAACCUCGGAUCUGUUUCUUUGUUCCGCGGCCGCUCGGCCCUAUUCGGUUCUUGUCGUUCCGCGGAAGAAUGGACGAGGCAGCCUCGGCCACGAAGGCACUCGGGCUGGAUGAACCGCCCAUCGGUGGGUCGGUGGAGGGAGUGGGCUCGGAUACGGAGUCGGAGGCCGAAGUCGCUCCGAUGUCUGUGAUAGCGGAACCGCGAAACAUCGACAUGAGAGCCGAGCACCUCCCGAACUCAGACGAGGCCGAAGCGGCAUUCGCAGAGGUGGCUGCAGUGACCGUGGCGGAUGUUCAGGCUGCAGAGGACAAUGUUUUCACCACCACAGUCGCUACGUCCGCAAGCCUUCCUGAGCACGUUCUGAGUGGCAGGACCACUCUGCAGCUGAGUGAAGGGCUCAGUACCCAGAAGGCCACCCUGAUUGUGGUUCACACUGAUGGCAGCAUCGUGGAAGCAACAGGCCUCAAAUCUGCUGCCACCAUCACAUCCGGCCCUCAGACUCCACCCACUCCUCUGACUCCGCUGCAGGACAAAGACUCUUGCUCCAAAUACAACUGGGACCCGUCGGUAUACAACAAYGAGCUGCCGGUCCGCUGCAGGAAUACGAGCGGAGUCCUGUACAAGAACCGACUGGGAUCAGGGGGCAAAGGUCGUUGUAUCAAACACAACCAGCAGUGGUUUGCUCCGACUGAGUUUGAAGCUUUAGCAGGAAGAGCGAGCAGCAAAGACUGGAAGAGGAGCAUCAGAUACGCUGGCCGACCUCUGCUCUGCCUCAUACAGGUACUGAACUGUGCAACAGCUACACUAUUUCUCUCUUUGACAGUCACAGUGUCCCCAUCAGGGCAGUUUGCUGCGUCCAGCACGUUGACCUUUGACCGUACGCCAACAAGCGACGCUGCCUCGGCCGCCAUCAUCUCAGACGGGUCAGCGCAGGGCGACGUGUUCGCCAGCACCACAGUGCUGACAACGCUGCCGGCUCUGGCUGUUGCUCCUCAGCCCAUCCAAGCCAAAGUAGCAGUGGCCUCCGCGGCAUCGUCACCGUCGGCAACGAUGCAUAAGAUUCAAUGGUUAUGGAUACAUGUCAGACACUUUAUAGCAUAUAGAAAAGCGUGGAUAACGAAGAUGAUGAAGAURAUGUGUUUUGGUGUGCAGUGUGGGCUGGGUCAGCCGUUCCAGAACCAGAUCUCGUUUCAGCAGCCAGAGGACUCAGAGACCAAAAGGAGCUCUGACAUCACAGAGAUCAUCAUCAACGAGAUGUGUGUGAACUGUGGCCGGUUGGCGAUGAGCGAGUGUACAGGAUGUCACAAAGUCAAUUACUGUUCCACAUUCUGCCAGAGGAAGGACUGGAAGGAUCACCAGCAUUUAUGCUGUCAGUCGUCAGGGGGCGUCUGUGUUCCGGAGGAGGAGCCAAUCACAGCCAUAGACAUGGACAAAGUGAAAUGAAGGCGGAGCUAGUUGCACUGCUGCUCCUCUUCUCAUCUUCAGCUGCUCCGGUGCAACAGUUACAACAGUUACUCCCAUCACUUUACAUCACAUUAUCACAGYGGCAACUAGUGUAUAUGAGAGGAACUGCAUCUGAGCAAACUGAACAAUAAUUAAAGUUCAGUAGAUAACUGUAAUAUUGGAGCUCAGUACUUGGUAUGCCAUGCUGUGUGGUAAAGUUGUCAAAUCAAACUCUGAAUAUUACUAGAUGUCUAUUUUUUUAUGAUCUUGUUUGUUGAAUUUUUAUUCAAUAUCACAAUACUUUUAUUUAGCACGUUUCCUGAGAGACAGAGUUCACUCUGCUAACUUGUUGCCAUUUUAACUCGUUAUGAAGAUAUUU